UACUCUACACUGCUGUAGACCAUGCCCAGAAGAAUGAUCGGCAUGUUUGUUGUAUCUAGCAGGUUUCUUUAAGUUUUCCCGGGCAUUGAAAAAUUGGAAUGACGAGGGAAAAGGGGUGAGAGGAGGAGCGCUUCCUGUCUCACAGUUUUCCCCGGUAUUCGUCGAGUCGCUAUGUUAGUUUUCUAGGCAACACCAUGCGACGGGGCUCUAACGCUCUCUCUCUCUCUCUUUCGGCCACUUUUUUUUUUCCCUUGUCCUCCUUGUCUCUGUAUGUGCGCGCGUUUGCUUAUGAAACGAAGAAAAAAAUAUGCGUGAGCCGUGAGCCCUACGCAUGGUCACCUAGCCAUUCUCCGAGGGUACUUGUACAUGGCAGUAGAGGGGAAAGUGGAGGUUCAAGUAAGGGCUUUUUUUUCAGGACCCGGAAAAAAUUGCAAAAAUUAAUUGCAGUGGCGACUAGUGCAAACCUACUUCACAGCAGCAGGUUCAAGGUUCGGUUGGUUGAAAGAAUGGAAACACAAGAAAGAUUAAAGUGGAAAGAGAGAGAGAAGGCAGUGUGGAGGGAUAGAUCCAUGUGCGUGUGUGUGUUACCAGGCAAAUUGCAUCGAAAUUGAUGGGCAAAACAAUCGACAACCUGCGGUAUAAACAAAUCAGCAUUCAAUCCCAGGAAAUAACAAUUGUUUGCUGCUGUCUGUAUUCUCCCGUGCCUACUCGACGGAAUCGAGCGAGCUUAGAGGCAUGCACAUGUAGCUGUAUACGCACAUGUAGACUGGGAGUUGUGGUUCCCAGUCCAGGAU